GUGACUUUACCGUUUGGUAAUAACGGAGUACGUUGACCAUCGAAUAUAAAAUUCAACGCUCAAGUGAAUCAGAAAUAUGGCAUCGAAAAAAAAAUAAGAACAUAAUUUAUAAAAUUCUCCGUCGCAGAGCUUUGUCGGAUAAACACAAAACUGCAAAUAUAGAAAUAACUCUACUACCGUCAAACUUAUUCUUUCUAACCUCGAGUGACACAGGCGAAAACCGAGAAAAAAUCUUUUGUUCGAAGCAGCCCGAAACGAAUGGGAAAAGCAAGUGCAGAUAUCGAAGAAUUUUGCUGUUAAAAAGGACAGGUACUAAGGUGUACGGAGAGUUCGAGAGUCACGUGACGAUGGAAUUUGAGUGUACGGCCUAGAGAUGGCGCGAUUCCUCGCUUGAGAGGAGACGAGAGAGUUUCGUUGUCUCUCCGCUCUCCGGAUUACGGAAAAAGGAAGGAAAGCUCGUCGGCCGUGAAGUCGUCGAGAGGAGCAAGAGGGGACACACUUUUACACGGGGGAACGCGAAGGAAGGAUUAUUUUUUUCGAAAGAAGAUUGUAUUUAAUUUUCAUCUUCAGUUGCGACGUGUGACGCUCGCUAACUGGGUAAAUACUAAAUUAGCGCAUAGAGUGCAAAGAAACCGAUUGAAAAAAUAAAAGAGACGGAGGCUCGCCAUUGUUUGCAUUUUUCGUGCGAUUGAUGGAUCGGAAUCGCAGAUUUGACACGUACUACGAGGAAUAAUUGAACGUUGGAGGUGGCGAUCAAUGAUGGAUCCUCCGGUGAGCCCGAGCAAGGAUUCGGUCGAUGUGAACCUGCCCGAAAUUGUACAGGCGGAAACCGUUGAAACGGAAAAUUCCGUGAAAUCAUCCAUCGAAGAUUAUCCCAUUGAUAUUAAAGAAGAAAUAGAAAAUGGGGAGAUACCUGAAAAAAAGGAGGUUGCCGAUGUUUCGAAAGCAAAGACAAUUGUAUCGACCGAAAAUGGCGCUAAUGAGCAAGAAAUUCCAAAAGGAAUUGAAACCGUUGCUGUAAAAAAAGAGGAAGAAACGAAAAAAGAAUCGCCAGUAGCAGAAACGAAAAUCGUCAGAGUGACUAACGUCGGUAAAACCCGAGUAUCACCAGUCACGGAAAUAAAAGAAGUCAAACGAAAGCGCAGAAGUACAAGUGAUCAGCAAGACGAAACGUCAGUCGAUGAAAUCGAGUCCCGACCCAAACGAGUCAAAGUGAAAAAUACCAACGACAAUUAUUGCUGGCGUUGUCACAAGGACUCGGUCGACGCACGAUGCAGCGCUUGUCCACGUUCGUGGCAUCGAAAAUGCAUGGGUGGUCAACCACCCACCUCGAUUAACGAGACCUGGAUUUGUGGCGAAUGCGCGACUAUUUUGAGAGCUGAAAACGCCGAAACCCGUUCUGAAGUUGUUGCUCACAUGUCAAUCGAUCACCUUUGCAUGCUCCUCAAAUACAUCGUCGAACGCAUGCGGAGUUGUCCGGGGUCAGAACCAUUCUGGAAAGCCGUCGACCUCACCGAGGUUCCAAAUUACAUGGAUUACGUUAUUAGGCCUAUGGAUCUCAAUCUCUUAGAAUCGAACGUUCGUGCCAAAUUAUACGGCAGCACUGACGCUUUUAUGGCAGAUGCUAAAUGGAUACAGCACAACUGCAUUGUAUUCAAUACUUUAUUCUCAUUAGGCGGUGGAGUAUACGCGGAUACGUCAAAGUUGACGAACGCAGCGAAGCAAAUAAUAAAAACGGCGAAACAGGAAGUGGCGGAAAUUGAGGCUUGUCCGGAUUGUUACGCGCGAGGUAGAAACUUGCCGCGUCCGCAUCCCAUGUGGUUCAUCGAAGCGUGUCGUCGUCCGCAUCCAUUGAUAUGGGCAAAAUUGAAAGGAUUUCCAUUUUGGCCGGCGAAAGCGAUGCCCCGAGUGAAUGGUCAAGGCCAUGUGGACGUGCGUUUUUUCGGGCAGCACGAUCGUGCAUGGGUAGCCCCGAAAGACGUUUACUUAUACUCACGAGAUCCACCGGCGCCGAUGCCGCGCAAAAGGAAACUCGAAAUGGCCGAGUGUAUAAAAGAAAUAACGCGACACUGUCGAAAGCUUGAAAUGUCGUUCGGACCGUUUCAAUUUGCGCCGGCAAAAACUUCCUAUAAUCCGAAUGAUCCGAUGCAAAUAAAAAUAAUGUUGCCGCAAUACGAUCCAUCACGACCAAGCGAUUCGACUCCGUCCGUGGGAGGGCCAACGCGCCGAAAAUCACCGUUACGAAAACGUAGCACACUGCUCAAACGUAAAAUGGACAGUAGUGAAGUUUCGACAGUCGAAGAGCCCACGGUCGAAUCAUCGACGAAAGAAUCGUCGACUUCGCCACAAAUUGUAACUCCGAAUGAGCAUGAGAAAUCCAAGGAUACUACGAUUCUUGAAACGCCAGUGAGCGAGCCACAGAGACCAAAAAAACGAAUGAAAAAGUCAUUGAACAGCGAGACGAAAAACACAACACAAGAGAAAGAGCCAAGCUCACCGAUUCAAGUGAUUGAAACAAGCUCAACGUCGACGGUCGAUGAUGUCUCCAUCAUAGCCGGAGCGAUGAGCAACGGUUCACCGGAAACUCCGAGCAUCGCUACACCGUUAAAAACAGUAAAUCAGAGCAAAGCCAAGAGCGAAAAGACUGAUGUGCCACUAGAAAAAUCAUUAGCCGCGUUACUGAGAACCGUUAAUCCUAAAGGACGUUUAUCUCAUCCUCGAAAUCUUAACGUUAAAUCUGCUGGUGGCACACCAAACACAUCGAAAAAUGAGUCUAAAGUGUGCACGAUCAAAGUUUACAAGCCAAAAGCUCGUAUGCUGGAUAAAGUUAACGCGGAAAAAGCGAUGAAAUCGUCCAACGAGAAAGAGCAUGAUAAAUUGAAGGAAAUUGAUUCACCCAAGUCGACUGAACCCAAAAUAAUCAAUGGAAUUCUGACGCCUGUACCGAUCGCGACGACUCCCACGCCCGGUAAUUCGGGGCCCGGUACAACCAGCGGCAGCGUUUCACUGCUGCACAACAAACGCGACAACAAUAUCAUUAUUACGAAUUCUCUUUUAAAAAUGUCAGCAAAGAAGUUACCACCCCGUAUAUUGGUACUGAACAAUGGAACACUGGAGCCCAAACGAACGUCCCCAGUCGUGGAAGAAAAGAGACCAAGAGCCGCUGAACCAGCUGCCAAACGGGUUCAGUCUGAACCUCAAAUUCUGGGUCCUGGGGCACAGAAAAAACAGAGUAGAGCGAAAAAGUCGUUUCCUAAUAAAGCUCCCCGAUUGCCGCAACUGUUGCCGAAGAUGCCAAAACCACCGGGAAACUCUCUCGAUGCAAUGGUUUAUAUUCCGGCACAACGUAACGAAAACGGCAUAGAUUAUCAGCUGCCACCGCCCGAGGCUGGACCUUUAAGCUCGCAGCUUCAUCGCAGUGCCAAUGAAUUAGUCAAACACAUGGCACAAUUAAUGGAAGAAGCCAUCAAAGAAGCUGCUGAUUCCAAUUCCAACGAUACUGGCAACAACGUUGAAAGCCAUCAGGCUACGAUACAUUCCUUACGAUUGCAAAUCGAGCGAAUGCGGUGGCAGCAUCAACAACAACUUGCUGAACUCAAACACAAUACAGAUCGAACGUUACGAGAAAUGCGGGCGAGUCUGGAGGCUGAGAGAUUGCGAGCGAUCGAAGAAGUUCGAAAAGAAGCAGAGGAGGACAAGGCUCGCUGCAUCGAAGAAACGAAGUCGAAACAGUGGUGCGCGCAGUGUGGCCGGAAGGCACUUUUUUAUUGUUGUUGGAAUACGGCUUACUGCGAUCAUGUUUGUCAGCAGGCUCACUGGCAAUCACAUCAACGAAAAUGUGCUCAAAAACCUUCAAAUGUUUCUAACUCUCCCGGGGACUCGAGCAGCAAACAGCAACAACAAUUACAGCAGCAGGUGAUGCCCGAGCUCGUAGAGAGGCCCAGAGUCAAUUGGUAAAGCAAGCGGAAAAAGUAACUCCGACGUCGGGACGAUAGAAGAAGUAUCGAGAUCCGGUUUCCUGGCAUCGAACGUGGUCACAAAAAAUCUCAAAGUCCUGUAACGCUCGACGUUACUUGUCGAUGCACCAGUGACAAUUAGGACUGAGGAUCACACAUAUUCAAAACAAAACUAAAACACAACCAUCCACCUGACAAGUUCAAAGUCUCGAGAAAUCACAAAAACGAAUCUUUACAAUUCUUCCAACCGCAUGUAAAUAAAUGUAUAAAGUCGUUGUACAGUAAUUUCAAUCUUAUAUAUAUUAUAUAUAUAACACAAUCAUUCAGCUUCAUUUAUUGGGAUUUCGGGCUUUCACUCGGGUUCAUUAUACGUCAUAUUAUACUAUAGUGGUGCUGAAAUAGUUUUAUGUAUUGCGACAAUACAAACGAUUUCUUAGA